AUGAAUGCUGAGCAGAAGGCCCGAAUCGAAGCCAACAGACGACGGGCAUUGGAAAAACUGAAGAGUCGAGGAAUCAUCAGAGAUGAUCAAGCAAAAAAGAUCGAAAGCCGCAAUAGCCUACGCCUGAAACGCCCUCUGGAGCAAACUCCCUUACCAGAUAGUGCGAUCGCCGAAAAUCGAGCCAAGGCCAUGCGACUCUAUACUCAUCACCAGCAAAACUUAAGAGAUGCAUCUCUGGGCGCAAAUCCCUCGGUGGAACUGGACCGUGCCACCAGUCAUAAAAGACCCCUCGAUAAGAUACGGCCGACGGUUCGCAAACAGGACUAUAUCGAAUACGACUUGGCCACAAUGAAAAACUCGCACGGUGGGUUUAUAAACGUGGAUGAUCAGCCCAACACCGAAAACGGCAACCAAAACCAGUCUUUUGAAGACUGGAAAAAGGCGCAACGCGAACGAAGAGCAUUAUAUGAAGACACAGAACCGCCAGAACACCCGUCGCUGGCUCCGCGAUGCACCGAGUGUGAGAUCAAUACCGAGCUUGAUCCCCUCUUGCAUGACGUAUUCAAGCUACAGGUUUGCAAAGCGUGCGUCAAAGGCCAUCCAGAAAAGUUCUCUCUGCUGACAAAGACCGAGUGCAAGGAAGAUUACUUCCUGACAGAUCCAGAACUCAACGACACCGCACUGUUCCAUCGGUUUGAAAAGCCCAACCCGCAUUCCGGAACAUUUGCUCGCAUGCAGUUAUUUGUACGAUGCCAGGUUGAAGCGUUUGCAUAUCAAAAAUGGGGUGGUGAAGAAGGACUGGAUGGUGAAUGGCAAAAGCGAGAAGAGGGAAAAGCUCAACGACGUGAAAAAAAAUACAAGGAGAAAAUGAAAGAGAUGCGAAUCAAAACCAGGGCCCAAGAAUACACUAAAAAACUGCUCGAUCGCAAGCAUGGUAAAGAGCAUGUUCAUGAGUUUUCUGCUGCGAUUGAUGGAGGUGUUAACGAGGAGGGUUUGCAUAUUCUUAAACGUAGAUGUAUUGGUUGCGGCUUGGAAACGCAAGAAAUCAUGUUAUAA